AUGCUCAAAUCACAAAUAGCACCCAUUCCUAGCUACGAGCUGCAGCCGGUGCACAAGCCGUCUUCUCUGGUCAACUUUAUCACCUUUAACCAAGAUGGGUCUUGUAUUGCAGUGGGUAAUAAUAAAGGCUAUAGCAUCUUCACCACCAAUCCAUUUACAAAAUGUUAUGAUUCGCCACCCGGAGAAGCUAUAGGUAUAGUGGAAAUGCUCUAUUCCACGUCAUUGGUAGUUGUUGUAGCUUUGGGUGAAGAAACAGGGCUGUCUCCUCGUAAACUAAAAAUUAUCAAUACCAAGAGAGGGUCUACAAUUUGUGAUUUGGUGUUUCCUUCCACCAUAUUAAAGGUCAAACUCACUCGCUCCCGGAUGAUAGUUCUCCUUGAAGAACAAAUCUACUUGUAUGACAUAUCCACCAUGAAGCUUUUACAUACCAUUGAAACGUCCCCUAAUAUGGCUGGUAUAUGUGCGAUUUCUGCUGAUCAAGGUUCGACUGACACCUCAAAUUCUGCCGACAAUUCGGGCUCUAUUGGUUCCGGACCAGCUUCUGGUUCAGGUGCUGGCUCUGGCUCGGCUUCAAUGACUUCCACCGACUCUACUCCAGAUGCCCAAUCCCAUUCAUACCUCGCCUAUCCCUCUCCUCCAAAAACAGCAAUGCACGAUUCGCUUCUUGUGGCUGGAAUCAACACCAAUGGGGGACUGCACUCCAAGCAGAACAACAUCCAGUCGGUCAGUAAUGCUCCUAAUAGGGUGGGAGAUGUGAUUAUUUUUGACACUGAUCUGCUCCAACCUCUAUGCGUGAUAGAAGCCCAUAAAUCUGCACUCGCAGCCAUUUCUCUUUCUUCCGAUGGCCGCUUGCUUGCUACCGCAUCCGACAAAGGAACCAUAGUAAGGGUUUUUUCCGUUUCAACCGGUGCUAAAUUGUACCAGUUUCGCAGAGGUACUUACCCCACCAAAGUGUACCUGGUGGCUUUCAGCCCCGAUAACCGGUACGUGGUGACUACUUCCGCUUCUGGAACCGUUCAUAUAUUCAGACUCGGUGAAGAUGAGUCGUUGGAAUCCAAACACAAGCGCAAGAGAGCUUCAAGACAGCACGAAACUAUAGCAGAAGAGACGUCUGCCACUCAAGAUCUCGACGACGAAAUCGAGGAUGACGGCGACGAUAGUGACGUGGACGAUGUGGAGUCGUUAGAGGUGGUUCCUUCUAAGCAACGAAAGCUUUCCCAGGGUUCGUCUAACUCUUAUACCAGUAUGAAUUCUGGCAUUUCUGGAAUGAGCGAGGAUGGAAAAGAGCCUAAAAUCGACCCGAUAGUCGACCAUGCCAGACUCUCGGUGGCACGAAUGAUUCGACGGUCGUCUCAAACUCUUGGUCGAAAAGCGGCCCAGAAAAUGGGCGACUUUCUCCCCUCCAAGUUUGCAUCCAUUCUCGAACCCACGAGACAUUUUGCCUCGCUCAAAAUAGCGUCUGCAUCCAAGGACGUCAAGUCGAUAGCCGUGCUCGACAGUCAGGUGGUCCAUGACAUGGUACCGCAAAUGUUUCUUCACUCGAAAGAUGCAGCACCAGCAUCGGCUUUGGAUACGCAGCUGAUGACGGAAAUGGCCCUUUUGCAUAUUUUUGUCGUUACAUCCGACGGAUACUUGUACGUCUACGGCUUGGAUCCAGAAAGAGGUGGGGAUUGCAUACUUCUACAACAGCAUUCAUUUGAUAUAUAG